AUGGUGUUUUGUUCAGGUUGUGGUACUGAAUACGUCCACAACGCAAAGUUUUGUCAUAAGUGUGGCAAAAAAGCAUCACAAAUUGCAGUUCCUAACGAUAUAAACGACGACACUUCAGUUUCAACUGGAAGCGGGACAACUACCAGCGCCUCUACUAGUCAGUCAAAUGAACACCGAACCACUUCUGACAGAUCUGGAUCAUCACGCCUAUCAUUCAGCGCUUAUCGCAUGAAGAAAGAACAGGAACGAUCAUCAUGUUCACCUAAAGGACCUAUGGCGAAGAAGUCGAAGAAAGCCGCCUCAAAAAACACAACUGUAGAGGUGAAAGUUAAUGUGGGUAUCAUGACAUUGAGAGAUGGAAGGUUAUUGCCCAAAAGAAACACAAUGUUGCCCUUAACUGUCAACGACCUAAUUGGCUCAAAGGAAUUAUUAGAAAAGGCUGUUGAAAAGCAUAGUUGCUUUAACAGUAACUUAAUUUCAAAUAUCCCCAGCAUGUAUAAGCUGUUGUAUGGUAACAUUGCUCAAGUACAAGAGGCAAAGAUCAUUCCAGGAUCUAAGGAGCCUUUUUCUUUAAAGCGGUACAAAGAAGAAAUUGGAAAACCUUACAGCAAAAUUAGUUUUUACAUAUGUCCAUUAACAGAUUUUCUUGAAGAUUUUGUUAACUCUUCAUCAUCAUCUGAUGAGCAAAUGUGUGACAACUCUGCAAGUGAUGGUACUCAAGAGCAAAACCAGUCCAGCUCAGUUGAAGAACUGACAGUCAUUUCACCCAAUCCUACUAUUCCUACCCAAAGUAAAACAGUUCAAUGUCCCUUUUGCCUAAAUCAUUUUAGUGUACAAGAAGUCCAACAUCAUGUAGAGCAGUGUUCAGAAUGGUUAUUGAAUGAAGAUCAUGAAGUACUGGAAGUGAAUAAUUCUGACAAUGAACAGACUGUUGCUGAAAGUCAGGUGAAAAUAUCUGAUAUGGGUAAGAAUGAAAUUAAAGAAAUGCUGAAAGAUGAAGUUGCACAAGUCUCAAAAUUAGACCUACAACAAGAAGGAAAAAAAAGGGUGACAGUCAGACGUAAGAACAUAUGGGAAGACUUUAAAGAUGAAAUUUUUCAAGGAAAUAGAAUUACCCCUUCCAGUAAGAUUAAGGUUGUGUUUUCUGGAGAGCCCGCUGUGGAUGAUGGGGGACCUCGGAGAGAACUAUUUUCAGGUAAUGUAUUUGCUUGUAAUUUUCUGGCAAAACUAUAAAUUUUCUAUUCUGUUAUUCCUAGGCUGAACCUAUUAUUCCUAUAGGCAUUAUAAUCGUUUUUGGUUUUCUAAAAUAUACUAUACAUUUAUUUUAGAGUUCAAACAAAUCAUGGAUGCUUUUCUUCCUGUCCUGAAACCUAAACAUUAUUAAUUAAUUAAUACGUACAAUACAUUAUACUAAGAUACUAUUCCUCAGAAAGCUUACAUUGUUUGUCUCUACAAAUAUCAUAUAUUAUAGAAAAAGCAUAUAUUAUAGGAAAGCCAUUGUACCUAGUUGGUUAGGUCGAGUUGCCAGGCCAUAUCUGAGUUCCAGCUUCAAAACAUCUAGCUGACUAGCUCAUCAUACGAGAAUGAUUGAUAAAUAUAUCUAGGAUUGAUAGGUUCAGACUAGAAUCACUACAGUAGAUGUCCUUAAUGUCCUUAUUAGGUAUAUGUCCUUGUUACAAUUUGUUACAAUUUUCGUUUCAGCAUUUUAUAUGCUUUAAAAUUAUAUUAUAUAACAUGCUGACACGUUUUUGUUAUGGUAGCCGCCUUGUUAAUAUUUCAUUACUUUCACAAGAUAAAUGUAAAAUGGAAUAAUAUUUUUAGAUCUUUUGUCCAUCAUCAAAAGGAGAUAUUUUCAUGAUGGGUCACCAGUUAAAUCAACUAUUGCUAUUAGUAAUGGAGAUUUUAAACUGUGUGGAAUAAUCAUGGGAAUGUCCAUCAAGCAAGGAGGUCCAGCACCAAAUUUUAUGACGCAUGCUGUUUCCUGUUUUUUCACUGGAUGUGAGAUGUUGACUAGUGAUGUCAGAAGCUCAGCCUAUCAAGAUAUUGUUACAUGUGUGAGUUAAUAACUGUAUGAUAUAGUGUUAUAAAAAUCAGUAGAACGCUUGCAUUUAUAAUAAUAUGCAAUGAAUAAUCAGUUGCCUAACUCAUUGACUGGCAUUACUCUUUUACUGAUGAGUAAAGCAUCUGCCAUUAGACAGAGCAAAAUACUUAAUUAGGGCAAAUAUGGGUGCAUUGCAAGCUGAUGAGUUAACAAAAGACACUGACAGAUAAUUACUGUAUGUUAACUUAUUAACUAACAGUACUUUUCCACUGACAAGUAAGAUUAUCUGGAAUAUAAGACAGAGUAAAAUUUUAAAGUAGGGCACAUCUUUGUGCAUUGCAAGGUAAUGGGUUAAUUAGGUUAUAUCAACCUAUGUCCCAAAUAUGAAAAAGCACUACAAAAAAGUACAUGUAUGUAUUAUCUUCUUGAUACAGCUCAGCAAUGCAACAACUGAUGAACAAGUAAUAGGAAUUCUAACUAAGGACUCUAGCUUGGACAUUCUACAAGAGCUGGGAUAUACAAGUGUUCCACACAUGGAAACAAUUGCAACAGCAAAAAGAAUUGUUCAGUAUGUACAUUAGUUUUCUUAUUGAUCUCCUAAAGGGUCAGUCAAGCAAGGGCGGAUCAUCGCCAACACAUGUGCAGAAUGGACUUACAUUCCCUUUAAUCUUUAAUAUUCUGACAUUAUCAUUCUGACAGGCAGUCAAGUCAGUCACCGAGGUGUAAUUUGUUUACAUUUUGAGCAAAAUAUAUUGAUAAAGUAUGAUGUACUUGACACUUGUUGAUAUCAAUAUAGUUUAAAAAAUUUUCCAUUUAGAAGCUUUCAAAACAAUGUGAACCUGGCCUUGACCACCUCUGAAUAUUUAGCUUAACUAAAUUAUUUUUGGAGAUUGAAAUUAUUUUUGGAGUUGCAACUGAGAGUGUAUGAAAAUAUGUUGUUAAAAUCAUUAAAAAAAUAUUUUAGAUCAUUAUGCAUGAAAGACCAAAUUGGAGAUGUCUUAGCAGAGUUGAUGGAAAUUAAGAAUGGGUUAGAGGCUUGUGGCAUCUCUAGUGAUACUAUUAAGAAAAGAGCAGAGUUAUGGCAAAUCAUGUUCAAGUCAGGCAGUUUCUUUAGUCUUCCUGCUGAAGAGUUUUUGGAUGAGCUGAUUGUUGUUUUCAGUGAGUCACAAAUAAGAAAAAAUGCAGAAAUUGAUGUUUACAAAUUUUUCUGUGAUGCUAUGCUAUCCAUUGAAAAUGGUUGUAAGUACAAACUACAUGAAUAAUUAUCUUCAAGCAGAACUGGAAUCAUGAGCAGAGAAUGAUGUUCAGUUGAAUUUUAUAUUAAGGGUUGUUUUCUUCUUCAAUCAUAUCUUACGUAAGUGUGUUGUAUUUCUUUGUUUUCUGGGCACUAAAGUGCAAUGUUACUGUAAAACAAUAGAAAAUGCUACGAUUGAAGUGGAAAACAGCCAAGGGGCAGUGUCACGGUUCUACUGCGCAUCCAAAAUAUGCGCGAACUUGAAAAACUGUCUGCCAACAAUUAAUCAAGUUAGGAGUGAAAUGCGAUAUACUAUUUAUAAUCCCUUCGUUUUUGAGGACAUCCUUGCUUUGUUUUAAAAAUUGAAGGCUGCUGCAUCUUUUCCAAUCAUGUAGCAUUAAUUUUAAACGUUUCUUUUCGCCGUUUAUUUUAGCCAAUCAGCGCCGUGACACUGCCCCUUUAAGUAUCUCUUAAAGAAUCUCACAUCACCCAAUGCAAUAUGUACCAAACAUUGGGUAUUUACAGUACUGUUGACCAUUUCUUCACAUAAUGCAACUUAAUUCUUUGACAAGGCUAUGAGGUGGGGCCCACUCCUGCCCUCAUUAUAUCCAUUAUAUCUCAAGUUGUUUUCUUAACAUGAGGACAUAACAUUGUAAUCAACACUCAAAAUCAGUUUAAUGCAUAAUAUUUGUUCAGUUUAAUUUUACUUAUUUAUUUAACUUAUUACAGACUUACAGUCAUGCCAAUGGAACUUGUUCCUAAAAUAUCGUAUCAAUUCAUUUGUUCCCAUGGCCAUGAACCAAUUCAUUUCAGUUUUGAAAUUUUGACAACUUUUAUAUUGCUAUAUAAUUGAAUAGCUUCCUGUUGCUGCAAUCACCUUUGAUUUUGGUGUAAUUGACUAAUCUUCAAAUACAUGAAGUUGAAAGCAAUUUGUCAACUAGCUGUCUUAAACAAAGUGGUUCAGACAAGCAAAUGAAUUAACACAAUAUUUACAUAGCCAUAGGAACACUCCAUUGCCAUACCUAAUUAUUCAAUAACAAUGCAAAAUAAUUUGAUUGUUAUAAUUAUUUACAUGUAAAUUUGUCUAACAUAAUUUAGCUGUUGAAGGAUUGAGAACUGCAGACAUUUUAAAAUGGAUGACAGGGUCAGACGAGGUUCCACCACUUGGUUUCCCAAAGCAGUUUGAACUGCAAUUCACCCAUGGUUGCAAUGAAUUAUGCAAAUGCAGGCCAACAGUCUCAACAUGUGACAUGUCGGUGAAGAUGCCUGUUCAUAUCAGCACCCUUGAAUAUAUGAAGGAAAUUCUUUAUUCAGCUGUAAAGGAUUCACAUGGGUUUGGAAACCUUUAA